AUGGAGCCUUCCUCAUUACCAACUUUUGCAGGGCGUAAAGUUUCAUCGUUAAGGGGGACUUCACGAAUACCAUCUCCAUACAUAGCUAAUAAUACUAAUAAUAAACUACAAAUGAUGCUACAACCAGAUGAAGAAGAAGAGGAAGAGUUGCCGAUUUAUAACUCAUCGCCAAAUCGGCGUCCAAUGAACGCAUACGGUGUGCCAUCACGACAUUCCUCACAUUCCUCGAGAGGCGGCUCGUAUUCAUUAUCUAUAAAACCAAGUAAUCUUAACGAUAAGAUCCGUGUAUGUGUUCGUAAAAGGCCUCUUAGUAAAAAAGAACAAAAUAGAAAUGAGAAAGAUAUUGCUGUUGUUAAUGGUCAAAGAACUAUUCAGAUUCAUGAACCAAAAGUGAAAGUAGAUUUGACUAGAUAUGUGGAACAACAUACAUUUAUAUUUGACGAUGUUUAUAAAAGAACUGCUUUGCCAUUGGUUGAAUAUAUUUUUCGAGGUGGAAAAGCAACAUGUUCUGGAAAAACGUUUACUAUGCUUGAUGAAAAAAAUGGUCUUUAUGUAAAAGCAGCACGAGACAUUUUUGCAUUAUUACAAAAGCCAGAUUUUAGUUAUUUAGCAGCCUAUAUAGGAUUCUAUGAAAUUUAUCAGGGGCAGUUGUAUGAUUUGUUAAAUCAACGAAAAAAAUUAUAUGCAAGAGAAGAUGGCAAGAAAAAUGUAAUAAUAACAGGACUUCAAGAAUAUGCAAUCGAUAAUGUUGAUAAUUUGAUGCAAGUUUUCGAUUAUGGAAACAAUAUUCGUAGUACGGGAGCAACUGGCGCGAACGAAGAUUCAUCUCGAUCACAUGCUAUCUUACAAAUGGUAUUAAAACACAAGAAAAACAGAAAGAAAUUUCAUGGAAAAUUAAGUUUUAUUGAUUUAGCAGGAAGUGAGCGAGGUGCAGAUAGAGGAGAAGCUGAUAAACAAACAAGAAUGGAAGGCGCAGAAAUUAAUAAAAGCUUAUUGGCAUUGAAAGAAUGUAUUCGAGCACUUGAUCAAGAUAAAAGACAUACACCUUUUCGACAAAGUAAACUUACGCAGGUGCUGAAAGAUUCGUUUGUGGGCAAUUCGAGAACUUGUAUGAUUGCAACGAUUUCACCAAACGUCACCAACAGUGAACAUACAUUAAAUACAUUAAGAUACGCGGACCGUGUUAAAGAAUUAAAAUCAGAAAGAGAUCGAGCAGACAGAGUCGCAGCAGGACUUGAAUUGGCAGCAAGUGAAUUGAACGAUUUAUCUGAAGAGCAACGGCAAGAAUAUUACAAACAAGCACAUGAGAAAUUGGAAGCAGAAGGAGAGUAUGAAGUUGAUUAUGAGUUUGAUGAAGAAGAAGGAUUUGAUGAUGACUAUAAUGGAGAAGAAGAUGGGAAUAAUACAUUUGAUGAUGGUGGUGAGAAUGAUUCGGAUUUAUUUGACGAAGACUUGAUUAGCGAUGAUGAUGAUUACUUGUUUAAUGAAGAGUUACCAUUUGAUGGAUUGGCUGAUGUUGAUUUUCCCGAACAUAAUAGAGAUUUAUUAGAUGUUAGUGGUAAUAGUAGUCUCAGCAAUAGUUUUGAAAAUAAAUCGGAUACGUCAGUUGCAACUAUUUUAUCAUCAUCGUCUACAUCAUCAUUACCAAAUUUUAAUAAUAAUAGUCGCAGUCCGUCCUCAACUUAUACUAAUAAUUUUAAAAAAUUAUGUAGCAAUAGUAGUGUAGAUUAUGAUGAUUAUAGUCAUAAUGAUGAUAAUAAUGAUUAUGAUAAGGAUGCAACAACAACGACAUCAUCCACCCAAAAACAUAUGUUAUCAUCAUCAUCAUAUUCACCGCAUGAAAUGGAAGAAUUUCUUAAGAAACAUCGACAUGAGCUUAGAAUAGCAAGUGAUGCAGGGAAAAAGGAAACAAGGCUUUUAGCCCAAUUUACAAUAGACAUUAGCAACUCUAAGCAAGAUUUUAUUAAUAAUAAUGCAUCAUCAACAACGCUGACAAGGGAGAUAAAUGUGACUACAUUCAAUAAUUACUUGAAAGAAUUAGAAAGUAUAUUAGAUAUUAAAGAAAAAAGUCUAUCAGAAUUGAGAAGUAAGAUUAAACAACUUAAAAAACGAUGA